AUGGAAAGUGCGACUUAUAAUUUGUCUGAACAGGAAAAGGCUGAAGCUGAUGCUAGAUCUGUUUAUGUUGGUAAUGUAGACUAUGCAGCAACAGCAGAAGAAUUGGAAACUCACUUCCAUGGCUGUGGCUCAAUAAAUCGGGUCACCAUAUUGUGUAACAAAUUUGAUGGUCAUCCAAAAGGAUUUGCAUAUAUCGAAUUUGCCGACAUGGAUUCUGUAAACACAGCCAUGGCGAUGGAUGAUUCUUUAUUCAGAGGUCGUCAAAUUAAAGUUAAUCCAAAAAGAACUAAUAAACCUGGGAUAAGCACUACAAAUCGUCCAGUAGCGUCUAGAGGUAGAGCUAUGUUCCGAGGUCGCCCUAUGUCACGUGGUGGUGCACAGUCAUCAUUUUAUGGUGGUUACAGACCUACGCGUAGACCAAGAGGUGGUUAUUCCAGAAGAGCAAUGUAUUAUCCUUACUGACGUUCACUAUAAAUCCAUCGCUACAGUUCAUCGGUGGGAGUAAUCAAUAUUUAAAAAAUUAGAAGUUAAAACAAAAGGCUUUUUAAAAUGAAAAAUUAAUUCUUUUGUACAUACAUCUAAACAUUAAUUUCAUAGGCCUUAAUUUAAUGGGCUAUUGGUAAUGUAAUGUAUUAGCUUAUGUUUUUAUCAUUGAUUAAAAAAUUGGAUUGAUUUAAUAUUUUAAUUAUAGCCUGUAAUAACUAAUUGGAAAUAAAAAAAAAAUAUUGUGUACUUCAUAUGACUGCAAUGAAUUGUGAAAUUAUUCAUUUUAUAUUAUUCUAUUUAGAUACAUUGUAUGUUUUAAAUUKAUAUUUAAUGUACUAUUUUAGAGUAAUAUAUCCAUUACAUUAGAUCUUAAGGUUUGAAAGUUCAUAUGUGCCUAGCUAUAAGUUUUAUUAUAUCUAGAUAAUUUUAAAUUAUUUUAACUCACUAUUUUUCUAAAUUUGAAACAACUUGUGUUUUUAUGUAAAUAUUGUACUACAUAUUUUUAUGUAGGUUUAUUUAUAGCUUUAAACAAUGUCAAAUAUGUAUAAAAGAUAAUGUGAAUCUGAAAAAUACAAUGUUUUAUUCAAAAUA